GACGUCACACCCGGUACCGGAAGUGUUCACUCGGUUUUGAAAAUGAGGCAAGAGGGAUGUCACUCGUCGUUUGUCUAAUCUGCAAUAAUACGUUAUUAUUGGAAUAGAAAUAUCAAGUGUGGCUUAAAGUACCUUUUAAAAAGUGAAGGAAGGACCGACUCAGUUACCGGAAGUGUAAAGCUGCUGCCACGAUGACUGCUACAGAGAGCGUCACCGUCGCCGCCAUAUUGUGAUUGUCGCUAAAAAAACAAUAACAAAACGAUGCCAGUAUCCUGUGCUGCGUGGGGCUGUCAGAACCGGUGCAGUGUUUCUACACGAUCCAAAGGAAUUACCUUUCACAGAUUUCCGAAAGAUGUCUUGAUGAGGAAAAAAUGGGAAGUUGCUCUAAGAAGAGAGAAAUUCACAGCCACCAAGGCUUGCAGACUCUGCAGUGAUCAUUUCACACCAGAGGACUUUGACAGAACCGGUCAGACCGUCAGGAUCAGAGAUGGAUCUGUUCCUUCUGUCUUCAAUUCCCCUGCUCAUCUCCAGAGGCCAGUGACAACUCUGACAUCAAAAGCAUCUAAGGACGGCCAAGAAAGCACCUCAUGUCCACAACCCGUUCAAGAGACUGACUCAACAGACAGCGACCAUCUCUAUGCACUGCCCUCGUCUCCCUCUGAUCUCACAGCCAGACUCAAUCAAGUCUUGGCUCGUGUGGAGUGUCUGGAAAGAGAAAAAAGAAAUGCAAAGGACAGAGAGAGGAGAGCAAAGAGCCGAAUGUUCUGUCUACUGGAGUAUCUCGAGGAGAAAAAACUUUUAAAUGACGAAAUGAGAGAGCGGCUUGACUCAAACUUAGAGAAACACAGAGCACCAGAGGACGUUGGUCUUGAUGUUCCACCUACGUUGUCUGAAAGCAUGCAGCUAUUUGAAGAAGACUCAGAGUCUUAAGAACCAUUUUCUUUUUCAGUUCUUUAUUGUAGGUCACCUUAAUAUCUUACAAACAUGCACAGAUAGAACGUGGAAAAGAGCUACACUUUAUUAAUGUAAUCCAGGAAGAUUGGACAAGAGGACAGUAUCCAGGAAUUUAUAUUCAUAUGAAAAAACAGAAAGUUUCUGUGAUCAGUUCAAGUCCAUGGCAUCUUUAAAUCAUUAAUUAUUUGUUUGUACUUCUUCCUGUUCUGUGAAUGCCAAAACCAUGGCCUUAAAGUCCUUAAUCUUGAACCUGCUGAAAAAACAACACCAGUCUAAACAUGAUUGUUGCUAUGGCUAGCAGAAAACGCAUCCGGUUUGAUGCUAACACACAUCAAAUGUCUGGAUCAGUGAAUGUGGUUGAUGACUUGAAUGUGACAGAUUUUACAGUGUGGCCUUUAUCAUGAAGGAAAGUGCCAGUUGAAGACUAAAUGGUCCGCUCCCUGCAGACAGAGUACCUUUAACAUGUGCAUGUGUUUGACAGACCACCACCAAUAUCAGCAAGUGCAAAAGAAAACUUCAGAGCCCUUCUGUGGUUGGAGGUUGAUGGGACACUGACUAUACCUUAGUUAAGUUUACAUUCCGCUAACAAAAACCAUCUGGAUAUUUAUCAUUCAUCUAAAUGAGGUCCAAGCUGAAGAUAAACUGCAUGCUAGCACCUGGGAACAGAGCAGUAGGUGAAAUUUUGUGGUCAGUGAUUGACUUUUUUCUGCGUGCAGGGAUUGUGUUACAUGACCUUUGUGUUUCUGAAAAUAUACAAAUACACGCUCAGGUAAAUCUUAAAUCUAAUUGUGCAAACAAGAUUUUGAAUCAUUUAAAUACAUCUGUAUAUUUAAUUGUUCUGUUGUUUCUUGUUGCUUUUUCUAUUUUAAAUAAAUACAUGUGUCUCAGUUUGCUACUUUAAUGUAAAUAAAAAAAUGCUGUCAACUUAAUGCUGUUAAUCUUUAUCU